GCUCUUCGGAAUGUUGAGGCAGUGACGUUGCUGGUCACUACUAAGUAGCUAUUAGCUAUGCUUUGCUUCCGAAGCGUGCUUUCCACCGGAAAGCAGACUCCGGCAUUACGCUAGAUAGUUCAAACGGAGUGGAAAAUAGCAAAUAUGAAAUAUAGGGUUUCGCACCGAUUUCCUGUGUUCCCUCACGUUGCGCGGCCUUAUUACGCGCUUAACCGGUCUCGUUCCUUAUCCUCUUUCUUCAAAAAGUUCCAAUCAGCACGAGCUCGAGCUUCUAUAAAUGGCGGAAGUGGCAAUUCUCAAGGUGAUUCUUUCCUUAUACCCGGCGCAUCAGUAGCUGCCAUACUUAUGCUAGGUGCACUCCAUGCCCGUCGACUGUAUGAUGACAAGAAGAUUGAAGAGAUGCGGGAGAAAGGAAUUGAAUUGGAGUUUCAACCUGAUGUUAAGGCUACAUUUUUUAGAGUUUUGCCUCUGCGUUCAAUAUCUAGACUUUGGGGAUACUUGACCAGCUUGGAAAUUCCUGUGUGGUUAAGGCCAUAUGUUUAUAGAGCUUGGGCUCGGGCAUUUCAUUCAAAUUUACAUGAAGCUGCAUUACCUUUAGACAAUUAUGGCUCUUUAAGGGAUUUUUUUGUUCGCACUCUGAAAGAAGGUUCCAGGCCCAUUGACCCUGAUCCACAAUGUCUGGUUAGUCCUGUGGAUGGUACAGUUUUAAGAUUUGGAGAGUUGAAAGGAGCAGGUUCUAUGAUUGAACAAGUUAAAGGAUUUUCAUAUUCUGUUUGCUCCCUUCUUGGCGCAAGCCAAUUUUUUCCUAUAUCAGCCGAUGAUAAUAUACAUGAGAAGCAUAUUGAAUCUGUAAGCACUACUGACGAGAAGGGAAACAGAUCUUGGUGGAGUGUCUCCUUAGCUUCUCCCAAAGUAUGGGACCCUAAAUCAUCAUGGUUCAUAUCUAAUCAAAAUUUCAACUUCAGUCCAGAAAGAGGCCUUUUUUACUGUGUGAUUUACUUAAGUCCUGGGGACUACCAUCGCAUACAUUCACCUGCUGACUGGAACAUUCUCGUUCGCAGGCAUUUCUCAGGACGGCUUUAUCCCAUGAAUGAACGUGCUACAAGAACAAUAAGAAAUUUAUAUAUUGAGAAUGAAAGGGUUGUUCUUGAAGGUCUAUGGCAACAAGGAUAUAUGGCACUUGCAGCAAUUGGGGCCACAAAUAUUGGGUCAAUCCAGCUUUUCAUUGAACCUGAACUCAAAACCAACAAGCCAAGGAAGAAGUUUCUUUAUUCAGAGCCUCCUGAGGAACGGAUUUAUAAACCUGAAGGGGUUGGCAACAUGCUUUACAAGGGAGAUGAGUUAGCUGCUUUCAACAUGGGAUCGACAGUGGUGCUUGUUUUCCAAGCUCCCAUUUCGAAACUUCUCGAAGAAGGGUGUCCCUCACCGGAGUUCAACUUCUCUGUCAGACGUGGGGACAGAGUCCGUGUCGGCGAGGCUUUGGGAAGGUGGAAUUAGGCUUAACAGUGGCCUCUCCGGCACAGAGGGCAACAAUCACAUUGUGUAUAAAGUAAUAUUUAAUCGUGCCCUGGGUAGAUUCCUUCCAUAUUAAUCUCCGAUAUUUAUAAACUCAACUCUGCUUGAAGAGGAAACUCUGCUCAUGGAGGGGGAAUCGGUCUGUGGCUAUUUAUAAUCUCAAGUGAUUUUGCUGGUCGAGUGUCCUUGGACGGCGAUAUUUAUUACGCUCUAAGAGGCAACGUUUUGUGGAAAGAGGAUAUUUACAAUGUUUGAAUUAUAGAAAAUAAUUAUAAUAUCACGAAACGAUGGAUGUCAUUUUUUACAUUAA